CCCCCCCCCCCCCAAAAAACAAACCGGGACCGCUGCCCGCACACACGCACACCGGCAGGGACACCCCGACACCGGGACCCCCCGCACCGGGAUCCCCCCCAUCGCCGGUAACCGGCACCCCGCGGCGGCUGCGCUGUCCCGCCAGCCGGGACCCAGCUCCUCCAUCCCGCGGUUACCGGGACCCCCGACACCUGAGCGUUCCCCCCCGCACGGUCCGCACCCCCGACCCGCCCCCCUCCCUUCCCGGUAGUCCCCGUUAAUCCCUUCUCCCCCACUCCGUUUGAGCCCCCCCGUCCCCCUCUGUCGCCCCCGGUUCUGCCCCGCCGGGGCCCGACUGGCAGCUGCCUACGGCCGGGAUGAGCCGCCGCGAUGGAUGAGUUCCACCCCUUCAUCGAGGCGCUGCUGCCCCACGUCCGGGCCUUCUCCUACACCUGGUUCAACCUCCAGGCCCGCAAGCGCAAGUACUUCAAGAAGCACGAGAAGAGGAUGUCCAAGGAGGAGGAACGCGCCGUCAAGGACGAGCUGCUGGGCGAGAAGCCGGAGGUCAAGCAGAAAUGGGCCUCGCGCCUCCUGGCCAAGCUGCGCAAGGACAUCCGGCCCGAGUGCCGCGAGGACUUCGUGCUGUCCGUCACCGGCAAGAAGGCGCCGUGCUGCGUCCUCUCCAACCCCGACCAGAAGGGCAAGAUCCGUCGCAUCGACUGCCUGCGCCAGGCCGACAAGGUGUGGCGCCUGGACCUGGUGAUGGUCAUCCUCUUCAAGGGCGUCCCGCUGGAGAGCACCGACGGCGAGCGCCUGGCCAAGGCGCCCCAGUGCGCCAGCCCCGGCCUCUGCGUGCAGCCCCACCACAUCGGCGUCACCAUCAAGGAGCUCGACCUCUACCUGGCCUACUUCGUCCACGCGCCAGAUUCCGGACAAUCCGACAGCUCCAACCCCCAGGGAGACGCGGACAUCAAACCACUGCCCAACGGCCACCUGACCUUCCAGGACUGCUUUGUCACCUCGGGGGUCUGGAACGUGACGGAGCUGGUCAGGGUGUCCCAGACCCCGGUGGCCACAGCGUCGGGCCCCAACUUCUCUCUGGCUGACCUGGAGAGCCCCGGGGGCUACUACAACAUCAGCCCCGUGGCCCUCGGCCGCCGGCCCCUGGGACCCCCCACCGCCAGCGGCCCGAAGCGCCCCAAGGCGCUGGACGAGGGGGACCUGGAGGGUCCCGGGGACGACGUCUUCUACCCCGGGCCGGGGCGGUCCCCCGCCCCCGGCAGCAGCCAGGGGCCCUGGGGGGGGGACGUUGACACCGGCCCGGCGGCGCUGAAGAAGUCGGGGAAGUUGGAUUUCUGCAGCGCCCUGGCCGGGCACGGCGCCGCGCCCCGCAUGGCCUUCGGCCACCACCCCCUGCCCGUCCUGGCCGGCGUCCGCCCCGGCAGCCCGCGGGCCACGGCCUCGGCGCUGCACUUCCCGUCGGGGUCCCUCCUGCCCCAGUCGAGCCCCUACUUCGCCCACCCCACCAUCCGCUACCACCACGGGCAGGACUCGCUCAAGGACUUCGUGCAGUUCGUCUGCGCCGACGGCGCCGCCCAGGGCCCCCAGCAUUCGCAGCGUCAGGCGCCGCCGCUGCCCCCCGCCUUGUCGGCCUCGGACCCCGCGACGGCAACUUUCUGAGCCUGCCCCAGCAGCAGUCCUGGUUCCUCUGACGCCGCCCCCGGACGAGGAGGAGAAACCGCCCGGAAAAAAAAAAAGGAGAAAAACCG